GACGUCACAGCACACUGUUAGAAGAUACAAUAACAAUCGGCGGUGAUCGCAGUGAUCGGUUGUAGCGCGGAUCUGGAGGGAUCAGGGGGACGGGACCGACUCGGAGGGGAUCGAGCAGCGGAGCCAUGGUGUCUCCGGUGACUGUGGUGAAGUGUGAGGGCCCCAAGCUGGUCCCGUUCUUUAAGGCCACGUGCGUGUACUUCGUCCUGUGGCUGCCCACCUCCAGCCCGUCCUGGUUCAGCGCCCUCAUAAAGUGUCUCCCCAUCUUCUGCCUGUGGGUCUUCCUCCUGGCCCACGGGGUGAAUUUCCUGGUCAGCCAUCGCAGUGCCAAGAUGAUCUUUGCAGGAUUGAUAUUCUCGGCGGUGGGAGACGCCUUCCUGAUAUGGCAGGAACAGGGUUACUUUGUCCAUGGUUUGCUGAUGUUCGCCUUCGCGCACAUCCUGUAUUCCUCCGCAUUCGGCAUGAAGCCUCUGGACCUCCGGACCGGUGCCGUGAUGGCCUUUUUAUCCAGCAUUUUAUACUCUUUAUUGUACUCUUAUCUCUCAGGUCCGUUCACCUACUUGGUGGCCGUCUAUACGGCGCUCAUCGCCUUCAUGGCCUGGCGAGCCGUUGCCGGCGUGCAGUUGUGCAAUGACCUAUGGACAUGGACCAAGCUGUCGGCGUGCAUCGGGGCCGUGCUCUUCGUCGUGUCCGACUUCACCAUUGCGGUCAACAAAUUCUGCUUCCCCGUCCCUUGCUCCAGAACCAUCAUAAUGGCGACUUACUAUACGGCCCAGAUGCUGAUCUCCCUGUCGGCCGUGGAGUGCAGGGAUGAAGACGAUUAUAGGAAGAAGAAGUAAAAUAAUCUUUGAAUAGGUUGGAAACAAUCGGAACGUUUCCCUCUCGGGGAAUAUAUUAGUCUCCGGUGCGAUGUUCGUGAAUUUGCUUUUGAAGCAGCGACGUCUGCUUCGUCGGCGCCCUCUCUAUACGGUUUUCUGGUCAAUGUGGCUGCAGCGACAAAUGCCUGUAAUGGUCACCGGGAGGGUUCCCGCUCUUCUUUGCAUUGCUCGGGUCUAUGUGAAGCUUCUCAACACUGUGUCCUGUAUUUUCAUGCACAUCUUCUCACAUAUGGGCUCUAUUCAGCAGUAUGGUCCACGUCCAGGACCACUCCCCCCCCACCCCCACCCCCUCCACGCUAUGUACAGGAUUUACCCACUGUAUAUUUAUAUCAGUCCUUAGGCAAUGGCAUGGACUGAACGUCUAAAAUGCCCUGGAUAAGUAUUGAUCAGUGCUGGUUAGGUCCCAACUUGGGACAGACACAAAGCAUUGGUGCUUGAUUCUUGCCCGUUCUCUACCGUGACCACUACAUGUAAAAAAAAAUUAAAAAUCUGGUGCUGUUUUUGGCCGGUUAUGAGAUGUAACUCAUACUCUACACCAGUGUUUCCCAACCAAACUACAACUCCCAGGAUGGCCAGACAGCCAACUGCAGUGUUUCCCAAACAGAGUGCCUCCAGCUGUUGCAAAACUACAACUCCCAGCUUGCCCGGACAGCCGUUGGCCUCUUGACGUCCUAUUGGCUCUAGAUGUCAGAGGAGAGAAGGUUAGGCAAGUGCCCCCCUGCAAAAUACAUGUGCUAGUGUAUACAGGGGUGGGAAGUGCAUGCUGGGAGUUUUGCAACAGCUGGAGGCAUCCUGGUUGGGAAACCCUGAUCUAUGUGUACAAUGGCCUCUUGACUUUCUAUUGAUUAUGGAUGUCAGAGGAGAGAAGGGUUGGACAAGUGUCCCGCUAGCAUCCUCCUGUUGCAAAACUAGAACUCCCAGCAUGCCCGGACAGCCGAAGGCUGGGAGUUGUAGUUUAGCUACAGCUGAAGGCACCUUGGUUGGGAAACACUGCUCUACGCCCUUGAGUCCUUCUCUGCAGGGACUUGUAUGGUGAAACCUAGUGGCUCCUCAUGGGUGGGACUUUUUAGUUAAACAUGCCACAUAAGCUAGAGGAGCUCAAGUAUUGUGUCCUCAUUGUCCAAGCAGAGUUUUCUGACACUUUAAAAGAGUGCUCCCCAACCUGUGGCUCUCCAGCUGUUGCAAAACUACAAUUAUUAUUGUAGUGGCUCCUCAGGGGCGGGACUACUAGGUAAAGCGUGCCCUGUUGGUGCCUGAUUAGCUGGAGAAGCUCAAGUUGCGGAAUGCAAUGUUGCAAUGCCCAAGCAAUAAGCAGUUUUCCUACACUUUAAAAAAGUGCUCUCCAGCCUGUGGCUCUCCAGCUGUUGCAAAACUACAAUUAUUAUUGUAGUGGCUCCUCAGGGGCGGGACUACUAGUCAUACCAGGCCUCAUAAACUGGAGAAGCUCAAGUUGCAGCUCUUAAGGCCAACGUCCAUGUAAUUAUGAUGAUUUAAACUGAUUUCUUACACCUAGGAUAACUCUUCCUGGAAGAGACGUCUAGCACCUGCUACCAACUACAAAAGAGUCUAAUAUGGAAAUGUCUCAAAGUGUUUUGGUCCAUAUUUUGGCCUAUGGAGGCAGUAUUAUUUAACGCACAUUCUUGUCCAUUGGGAGGGCAGUAUUAUACUAGUUCCAGUAUUGCCCAUUGGGGGCAGUAUUAUAAUAAUGCUGCUUAAGUGACGAUAGUAAGGCCUUUCCCCAGUCCCAGGCUGGAUUCACACUGUGUUAAGAGUAAAUUACCAUAUAGGAAUAGUUACCGUACAAGGACUAUCCAUAUAUGGUAACCAACCGUGUAUGAACAUUAACCGUACAAGGACUAUCCAUAUAUGGUAACCAACUGUAUAUGAACAGUUACCGUACAAGGACUAUCCAUAUAUGGUAACCAACCGUAUAUGAACAUUAACCGUACAAGGACUAUCCAUAUAUGGUAACCAACUGUAUA